GAGGAGGAGCCUCGGGGCCGAGCCACCGCCUUCGCCGCGGACCUUCAGCUGCCGCGGUUGCUCCGAGCGGCGGGCCGCAGAGAUGACAUUUAUUCAUUUUAUGCAUCCUGGCUUCUACUGGUCGUCCCGCCUCAGUUCCUGUAGCAAAGAGACUUGAGUCUGAGCCACUAAUUAUCACCAGUGAGGUUUCCUCCCCAAGCAGGAAGCAGCAGGCCAGAGCUGCGCUCUCUCAGUGCACUCUCCAACCAAGCAUCAGUCACCACUCCCAGUCCAGUCCCUGUGGCCAAGAGCUGGUGUGCAGGCUGGGGGAGGCAGCUGGCUGUGCAAGCCCCUGGCAGGCCCCUCACCUCCUGAGAAACCAAGAGUCAGAAGCAAAGCCAGGCUGUCCUGGUUGGAGACUGAGCCAGAAAGGGUGGCUCACCUCACAGUGAGGCUGUCGAGUGACCUGAGCACCUCAGACCCUCACGUCAGCCAGAUGUCGCACCAGCCUGCUGUUGCCACCAAAAUGCCAGAAGAGAUGGACAAGCCACUGAUCAGCCUCCACCUGGUGGACAGUGACAGCAGCCUUGCCAAGGUCCCCGAUGAGGCCCCCAAAGUGGGCAUCCUGGGUAGCGGGGACUUUGCCCGCUCCCUGGCCACACGCCUGGUGGGCUCUGGCUUCAAAGUGGUGGUGGGGAGCCGCAACCCCAAACGCACAGCCGGGCUGUUCCCCUCAGCAGCCCAAGUGACUUUCCAGGAGGAGGCAGUGAGCUCCCCGGAGGUCAUCUUUGUGGCUGUGUUCCGGGAGCACUACUCUUCACUGUGCAGUCUCAGUGACCAGCUGGCGGGUAAGAUCCUGGUGGAUGUGAGCAACCCUACAGAGCAAGAGCACCUUCAGCAUCGUGAGUCCAAUGCUGAGUACCUGGCCUCCCUCUUCCCCACCUGCACAGUGGUCAAGGCCUUCAAUGUCAUCUCCGCCUGGACCCUGCAGGCUGGCCCGAGGGAUGGUAACAGGCAGGUGCCCAUCUGCAGUGACCAGCCAGAAGCCAAGCGUGCUGUCUCGGAGAUGGCGCUCGCCAUGGGCUUCAUGCCCGUGGACAUGGGAUCCCUGGCAUCAGCCCGGGAGGUGGAGGCCAUGCCCCUGCGCCUCCUCCCGGCCUGGAAGGUGCCCACCCUGCUGGCCCUGGGGCUCUUCAUCUGCUUCUAUGCCUACAACUUCGUCCGGGACGUUCUGCAGCCCUAUGUGCAGGAGAGCCAGAACAAGUUCUUCAAGCUGCCCGUGUCCGUGGUCAACACCACACUGCCGUGCGUGGCCUAUGUGCUGCUGUCACUAGUGUACUUGCCCGGCGUGCUGGCGGCUGCCCUGCAGCUGCGGCGUGGCACCAAGUACCAGCGCUUCCCCGACUGGCUGGACCACUGGCUGCAGCAUCGCAAGCAGAUCGGGCUGCUCAGCUUCUUCUGCGCUGCCCUGCACGCCCUCUACAGCUUCUGCUUGCCACUGCGCCGUGCCCACCGCUACGACCUGGUCAACCUGGCAGUCAAGCAGGUCUUGGCCAACAAGAGCCACCUCUGGGUGGAGGAGGAGGUCUGGCGGAUGGAGAUCUACCUCUCCCUGGGAGUGCUGGCCCUCGGCACGCUGUCCCUGCUGGCCGUGACCUCACUGCCAUCCAUUGCAAACUCGCUCAACUGGAGGGAGUUCAGCUUCGUUCAGUCCUCGCUGGGCUUUGUGGCCCUGGUGCUGAGCACACUGCACACGCUCACCUAUGGCUGGACCCGCGCCUUCGAGGAGAGCCGCUACAAGUUCUACCUGCCUCCCACCUUCACGCUCACGCUGCUGGUGCCCUGCGUCGUCAUCCUGGCCAAAACCCUGUUUCUCCUGCCCUGCAUCAGCCGCAGACUCGCCAGGAUCCGGAGAGGCUGGGAGAGGGACGGUGCCAUCAGGUUCACGCUGCCCACAGACCACUCCCUGGCCGAGAAGACGAGCCACGUAUGAGGUGCCUGCCCUGGGCUCUGGACACCAGGCACACGAGGGAAGGUGCCCUGAGCCUGUUAGGUUUUCUUUUCUUGGUGGUGCAGAGCGGUAUAACUGUGUGCAAAUAGGAGGUUUGAAGUCCAAAUUCCUGGGACUCAAAUGUAUGCAGUACUAUUCAGAAUGAUAUACACACAUAUGUGUAUAUGUAUUUACAUAUAUUCCACAUAUAUAACAGGAUUUGCAAUGAUACAUAGCUAGCUAAAAAGUUGGGUCUCUGAGAUUUCAACUUGUAGAUUUAAAAGCAAGUGCCGUAUGUUAAGAGAAGAGCAGAUCAUGCUAUUGUGACAUUUGCAGAGAUAUACACACACUUUUUGUACAGAAGAGGCUUGUGCUGUGGUGGGUUGGAUUUAUCCCUUCCCACCCCACCCCCACAACUUCCCUUUUGCUACUUCCCCGAGGCUCUUGCAGAGCUGGGGCUCUAAGGGGGAGGGAAGGCAACAGCUCUGCCCAGAGCCAGCCCCGGAGCAUGUGAGCGGGGGCUGGUCUCUUCCCUCCACCUGGGGCAGCAGCAGGAGGCCUGGGGAGGAGCAAAAUCAGGCAGUCGGCCUGGAGUCUGUGCCUGGUCCUUCGCCUGAUGGUGGGAGGAUGGAGGGAUUGGGCUGAAGUUGCUCCACCUCAUCCUUGCUGAGUUGGGGAGACAUUUUCCCUGAAAGUCAGAAGUCACCAUGGAGCCUGCAAAUGGAUCCUCCUGGGAGAGUGAAGUCACCUCCUUACCAGAGCCAUUAGUGAACCUGGCUUGAGAACAAGUGUAAUUUCCUUCCCUCCUUUAACCUGGUGAUGAGCAUCCUUUAAACCACUGUGCCUUCUCACCCUUUCCACCUUUAGCUUGAACGACUCCCAGGAAGGCCUACAGCAGACCCUUUAGAAAUCAGCCCAAGGGGGACAGCGAGAGAAAACACUCUAGGGAGUAAAGCUCCGCGGGCGUCAGAGUGGAGCCCUGCCUGGGCUGAAGGACUGUCUUCAUUAAGUCAGUCCUGAGGAAAAAUAUUGGGGACUCCAAAUGUCCUCUGGCAGAGGACCCAGAAAACCACACCGGCUCCAACUUCCUCCUCAUAGAGCAUUACACUUCAAAACAGUGGGGAGCGACUUUUCCACCAAAGCUACAAACCUAAAAUGCUGCUGCCCCAAAGCACAAGAGGGAAGAGCACCGCCGGGGCCACAGGACGUCUGUCCUCCAGUCACAGGCCAUCCUUGCUGCUUCCUCCUGACUCUAGCUUACUUCCCCUGUGAAGAAACAGGUGUUCUUGGCUGAGCCCCCAACCCUCUGCAGAACCAGGGUGUUCUGCCACUAAAAAAGCAUCUUUGAAGAGAAAGAGGGUGAGGUCUUGAUGAGUCUCCUAGGCCCGAAGGCAUCUUCUGAUGGAAGGAAGAGAGUAGGGCUGGUGAAGGCUGCCCAGAGAGAGUGUCACAGAUGAGGCUGCCCCUGCCCCCCAGGGAGGUUCAUGAGCUCAUGUCUAUGCAGCACAUGAGGGUUCUUCAGUGAAAAGAGGGAGAAAAGUCCACUGCAAGGAUAGCUCAUUAGGCACAUGACUGAUGCAGGGAAGGCCAUGCCGGGGAAGCUCUUCCUGCAGGUAUUUUCCAUCCGCCAUGCCAAGGCUGAGCGGCAGAAACUUGUCUCAUAAAUUGGCACUGAUGGAGCAUCAGCUGUGGCCCACAGACAGCCUUGCUGAGAAGGAGGCAGGUAAAGCAGAUAUUUUAGCAUUGCCUUGGCAUAACAAGGGCCCAUCGAUUCCCUACUAAUGAGAGGCAGGGAGAGCAUGGGCAAUGGAGACCCACCAAUGAUCCCCAACCCCAGUGGGUACUGGCUGCCUGCCCUGGGCCAGGGAAUGGCCCCUUACACCAAAGAUGCUGGCACAGAGCAGAACCCAGUGCACGUCCUCCCCUUCCCACCCACCUCUGGCUGAAGGUGCUUAUCAAGAGGGAAGCAAUUCUAAGGUGGGUGGCAGGAGGGAACAGGUGCCACCUGCUGGACAAUCAGCACACGAAAGGCAGGCAGGCUGUGUACUGGGCCCUGACUGCAUCCACUGCUGUCUUCCCUACCUCACCAGGCUACUGGCAGCAGCAACCCGAGAGCACAUCAUCCCCACAGCCUGGUAAAUUCCAUGUGCCUCUGGGUACAAAAGUGCCUCAACGACAUGCUCUGGAAAUCCCAAAUGCCACAGUCUGAUGUUGAUAUCUAAAAUCUAUGCCUUCAAAGGAGUCUGUGUAUUUUUUUUUUAACCUGGUAGACGGUCUAAAAAGCAGUGCAAAUAAACACCUAACCUUCUGCAAA